AGUUCACCCUGCACUGUACCCACCCUGUAGAAGAUGGAAUCAUGGAUGCUGCUAAUUUUGAGCAGUUUCUCCAGGAGAGAAUAAAGGUGAACGAGAAAGCGGGAAAUCUUGGUGGAGGGGUGGUCACCAUCGAGAGAAACAAGAGCAAGAUCACUGUAACUUCUGAGGUGCCUUUCUCCAAAAGGUAUUUGAAAUAUCUCACCAAAAAAUAUAUGAAGAAUAAUGUACGUGAUUGGUUACGCGUAGUUGCUAACAGCAAAGAGAGUAAUGAAUUACGUUAAUUCCUGAUUAACCAGGAUGAAGAAGAGGAGGAAGACGAGGAUUAAAAUUCAUUUAUCUGGAAUAUUUUGUAUGAGUUCUUGAAUAAAACUUGGGACCCC